GCAAGGGCUUUCGCCGUGACAAGUGGUGCCCACCGCCAGGACGAACAUCGUCUGCGGCGGCUUUGGCCCACCCUGGCCAGCAUCAAACGGGUGCAGGACCUUUCCGAGAAGGAUUUGCGUGCAAGCAUCAAGCCUCGAGCACUGGCGAUCUACGAGGCCCUGGGCGCUGGAGCGCUCUCGCCGCUCCGUGGCAACCCUGCUGGAGCCAAUCUGCACAGCCUGCGGAAGCUCAUGAUGGUGCUUGAGUUGGCGCAAGACUACGAGAAGCAGCGCGGCUGCCGCUUCCAGUGGCUGCUUCACAGCCGUUUGGACAUGAUAUGGGUGACCAACCAUCCGCCUUUGGCGUUCUUUGACAAGUCAAAGAUUUGGACUGCGCCGCUCUGGGGUGCCCGCGGCGUUGAACUUGACAACCGGUUCAUCGUCAACGAUUGGCACGCCAUCGUCCCGCGCCACAUGGCCAAAGCUUACUGGGGCCGGUGGAGCCUCAUCCAAAAGGGGUUGGUACCUUGGACGCCAGUGAGUGAGCCUGGCGAGCUGCUAGCGUCUACACUGAGCUUGCUCCAGGUGCCCAUCGGCCAGUUUGAGGCGAUUUUCUGCUUGGAAAACUGCCACACUUGGACCUGCCAGUUCAAGUCCUGGCUCCCGCCGGAAAUGCGAAGGUCACGCUGGAGGUGGCCCGAUAGCAGGAAACGCCUGGCCGGCCUAGCGCUAGCGCUAGGCCGUGGCGAGCUGCGAUGGGUGCGCGAAGCUGGAGGAGAGUGCCCGAGUGGUACUCAGCAGCAGCAGCAGCAGCAGCAGCUUUUGCUUCACCACAGAAGUCAGCUUGAGAGCAAAAAUAUGAGAGAGCUCCGGGUUUUCCUCGCGCUUGUGGGAGCCGUCUUGGCGGCACCGGAAGAAACAUGCCUUGUUCAGAAGCGAAUGAAAGAUGCAGUGAUGGCAAGUUUGGCUUCAAAUCGGUCCAAUUCUUCGAGGCGUUUUACCCCUGGUGAUGUGCUUCCGUUCGAUUUCGAGCUUGACCCAAUCGAGAUGAAGAACUGUAUGACGCCGGCUAGCCCGCUGACACCAGACGGCACCAACGGCGACUGCUUUUCCAUCUGCUUCUUUACCUUUUGGCUUUGUGAAGGCAUUUUUGAUAUAGCCGACAACGUGUGCGAUGCCUAUGCGGACAUAGGUGCGGCAGGAAUGGGAGCAGCCAUCACUGCCGGCAUCGCCGCAGCGAUCCCGGGUGUUGUUUGGGACUUGCCCAUCGCUGCAACGAUUGGCUUGCUGGCGAAGGAGUUCCUGGAGCCCCUGUUCGACCGGAUCGUGGAGCGCAUAUGCCAACCUUCCGAUGCUCUUGGAGACACAAUAUCGCUCACCGACGAGUGCGUGGACUCCAUGAAGCUGUAUGAGGACAAGCUCACUGGCGUUGUGCAGAAGGCAGGAACGACUCUCAAUGGUAUGCUGGAGGGCAACCUCCAGGACUGCUGUAGCACAAACAUGCGACGACGUCGACGGCUUGGCUACUGCAGCAAUGUUGAGCGUCGUCGCCGCUGCAUGGUCGAUUGGAACCCCACCGAUGUUGAUGAGUGCUACAACCCCGAGGACGAGCUAGAAGAGCUUUACGAGGAGGGCGUCACAAUUUCCGUGCAAAGUGCUUCAGACCUCCCUGACACGGACACCUUCGGGCAGAGCGACCCAUACGUUAUCUGCAAGGAUGAGUAUGAGGAAGAAGACGAGUUUCAGACGAAGACUGUGCACGGCGCAGGCGCCAACCCCGUGUGGACGCAGGGCGGUGGUGACGGCUGGCUAUCGACCUGGGAGGCUGGCGAGGACGUGCACUGCGAGAUUUGGGAUGAAGACACCGGCCGGAUGGAUGACCUCAUGGGCACCUUUACCAUUCCCGCCAAAGUGCUCGAUGGUGUGGAGCGCUUGAAGGACGACGAGGAGAUCAACUGGCAGUCUGAGGUCAAGGUUCACGGGGAUGACGGCUGGUUUCCGUUUCCUUUGGCGGCCAACCAAACCCCCGACGAGAAGAAGCUCGAAGUGAGCAAGUCCUCCAUGUCUCAGAUCUCCGAGAUAAGAGUGCUGGAUGCGGGAUUCUGA